CGUUGCUAGCUGGGCUUGAGCAUUGUUGUGUUUUGUCAGUGUAUCCUGUCAAAAUGAUGCGUUUGGUUCUUUUUGCUGUAUACAUUGCGCUAACAGUAGCUAUUCCAUCGUCUUCUUAUGACAAAAAGGCAGGAUACGGCCAUGGACCUCAUCAUUCCGGAGUGGGCGGUCACUACCAAACCGGCUACAACAAUCAAUAUCAAUAUGGUGUCAACCCAUACAGCAGUUACAAUUAUAAUGGAUACUCUGGAGAUGAUAAUUACCUUGGAUAUGGAUACAACCAAUUCAAUAGCGGUUAUGGAUACAACCCAUUAGGUAGUGGUUAUGGAUACAACCCACUGAGUAGCGGAUAUGGAUACAAUCCAUUUAAUAGUGGUUAUGGAUACAACCCACUGAGUAGCGGAUAUGGAUACAAUUUAUUUAAUAGUGGUUAUGGAUACAACCCACUGAGUAGCGGAUAUGGAUACAAUCCAUUUAAUAGUGGUUAUGGAUACAACCCACUGAGUAGCGGUUAUGGAUACAACCAAUUCAAUAGUGGUUAUGGAUACAACCCACUAAGUAGCGGAUAUGGAUACAAUCCAUUGAGUAGCGGUUAUGGAUACAACCCAUUGAGUAGCGGUUAUGGAUACAAUCAACUGAGUAGCGGAUAUGGAUAUAACCCAUUAAACAGUGGAUAUGGAUACAACCCAAUUGGUAGCGGAUAUGGAAGCUACUCGUCAGGUGGCUAUGGUGUACACAAAAGGACCUAUUAAACAAGCCAGGUUUGAUUUACGACAGCUCCAGAUCGAAUUUUUAUCUUGUUGAUCAGUCUAAUUAGUUAUUGUUAAAUAAAUUAUUCAUGCAUCCAGA